GGCGGCCGGCGGCGGGCAGGAGGCCGGCGGCGCGGGGGCUGCCACGGUGCUGGACGAGGUGGCGGUGCUGGAGCUGGAGGACGGAUGCUGCGGCCAGGACGAGGAUACAUGGUACAUGCGGAUCGCCCCCGCGGCCGUCCCCGGGCCCCCUGCGGGGCUGCCGAGCUCCCCGGCUGCUGGCUGAAGGCGUUAUUAGCAUUAGCCCCCAAAUCCACUUGAUCUCGUGCUGCUUAAACUUACAUCUGUCUCUUUAUUCUGCCUUUUCUUUUUUUUUUUUCCUUUAUUUUAACAUGGCGCGGUGGGGACCCCCAGUGCCUGCCCCCUCGGCUCCCCUCCCUGCGUCUGCCCCUUCUGCAUUCUCCUCUCCGCGGAUGCUUGGCUCCCCCAGUUUGAGGUGUCAGCCUAGUUCCAGCCUCCGCUUUACAUACGGAAUUAAAAAUAUUGGAAGGGAUUCGGGAAAUCCUUUAUCAGGGCAGCGCUGCCUCGCUCGCCAUCCUAAAAUCUCAGUCCGAUUGUGGCAGAUCCUAAGGGAUUUGGGAGGGCUUUUGUCUUUUAGGCGUAGAUCUGAAGGGUUGUUUGUGUAUCUUCAUGUAGCGCCAGGACACAUGGCGGUGUGCUGGUGCAUCGGGUAAGGCAGCAACGAACAGCAAAUUAAUAAAGCCUAACAGAAAAUUAACCUAGAAGAAGGAUUCCUUGAGAACAAAAAGAAGGGGUUUCUUUAGACAGAAGGGAUAAAUAAAUAAAGUCUGGUGCUUCCCAACUUGCCCUAGCAAAACAUGCAGACAUCUCAGGGACUAUCCAGACUGCAGAAAUACUAUGGAGAUGAUGCUGCGUAACUGUAUCGAGCAUAAUUGGUGCUUGGUUGUGUUCAUACACAACACACAGUCUCAGUCAUAUGGUCUGCAUUAUCCAUCUUCACGUAUCUGUCUUAAGUAUCAUUCGAAGCUUCAACGUAUUUUUUUUUUAAUUAUUGCAGUUUUUUGAUAGGAAGUUUAGGUGAGCUGAGAAUACAGCGUAGCGCAGCUGAGAAGCAUUUAAACGUCCUUAUGUUGGUAGCAGAAAAAAGAUUUUAAAAUCAGUCCGAAUAGCGUAAAUAUUUCUUGAACGUUGGCUUUAUCUUGUUCAUGCUACAAGGUAAUGCCAUGCUUCAGGUUUUGACAAUUGCUUCCUCCAGCUGAGAAUCAUCCAAAAAUUGUGUGGAUGUGUUGUUAGUGCGGUUUCACUGUGUUCGCUGUUGGUCUGUGCAAUGUUCUUCUGGGGCUGUGGGUCCUGACUUUGCCUCAAUCCUACAAGUGCCCAUGACAGAGGAGCAGCAAUGAUUCAACUUUCCUCCACACGGAGGAUUUGCGUGACCCAGUCCUCCUCCAAAAUGUUAUUCCUUUUUGUUAAUGUUUCACUGGGCACUGCAAAGUCAGCAUUAUUUUGUGUGCCUCAACUGAGUGAUGAUCUUGAUCAGGGUCCUUUUUGAUUUGCCCCCAGUAAGCAUUCUUAAAUGCUUUACUGGGAUGAAAACUUGCCUACAUGUCACACAACUGUAUCUCUCUCUGCAUGAAGAAUUUGGCAACUUAUUUAUUCUGCCAGGAGCUGCUUUAGUGGUUGGACAUUCUUUGUUCAAGGCUGAAUCUCCAUCCUUGUCCAUUAACGGUCAGCUGUGUGAUGUCAGCUGCCUGGGGCUUUUUGUCAUGCAAGUCUUCAAAGCAAAAUGGUAUCUGGGAGGCCAAAGACCGUUGCGUGCCCUGGUUGUUGAUUACUACUGAUUACUAAUUUUAGACCUUUGCUUUUUUUCUUCUUUGCAUAAAAAACAGACAAACACACACACACACACACACACACACACACACACACACACAAAAACCCCAAAACAGGGUUAGCAUCAUUGCAGACAAGUCAGAUCUUUUUGUCAGCUCUUUAUGUGUUUCAUCAUUGAGAAUUCAUCAGUUGGACGUGUAGCUUUUGACACGCUUCUGCAAGUUAACAGGAGAGCUCAAAGCUUUUCUGUUUUUUCCUUUUCCCAUUUUUUUUUUUUUUUCCACAGGAUCAUUUUUUAAAUACGUAGCCAAGCACUGGAGGAAGCAAAGGGAAAUUAGUCUUCUCUUUAGAGAAAUUCAAUAGUUGAACUCCUCUGGGACUGCCAGGAGAGAUACCAGUUGAGGUUGUAUGUCUUGCCUAACAAGACUCUCACUCUUCAAGAGAAAUCACUAAGUCCCCUGCAGUGGUGCAGACGUGUUCUGGAUCAUCCAAGUCCUGAGAUAGAGGCUGCGAAACGUUCCCUAUGCUUCAGACUGGAACAAGCUAGCCGAUGGCGGAGCCUCUUCUCUACACCUGUCUCCUUGGCUUUCCCCUAUAGUCCCGUUGCAAGACUCACCCCAUAUACCAAUGGCUUUAAUAGUCCCAGCUUCUCUAAAACCUCCAGUAAAGCAAUACUAACACCUGAACGUACAGGUUACAUUUCUAGAAGUUCCCCUUUGAGCCCACAGUCAUCAAUAGACAGUGAGCUGAGCACCUCAGAGCUGGAGGAUGAUUCUAUUUCCAUGGGAUACAAACUGCAGGACCUCACCGAUGUUCAGAUUAUGGCCCGUCUACAGGAAGAGAGCCUUAGACAAGAUUAUGCUUCGACUUCAGCAUCAGUGUCAAGACACAGUUCGAGUGUAUCACUGCAUUCAGGAAAGAAGGGGACAUGCAGCGACCAGGAGUAUGAUCGCUACAGCCUUGAGGAUGAGGAAGAAUUUGACCACCUCCCACCCCCACAGCCACGGCUCACACGCUGCUCCCCAUUCCAGAGAGGGAUCCCACACUCACAGACUUUCUCCAGUAUUCGGGACUGCAGGAGAAGCCCUACUUCCCAGCACUUUCCUUCAAGUACUUAUCAGCAGCCCUGCUAUUCUUCUCAAGUCCAAACUCCAGAGCAGCAACCAAAUAGGAUGAACGGAGAUAAACUCCGAAGAAGCAUGCCUAACCUAGCUCGGAUGCCGAGUACCCCCACCAUUAACAAUACUGCUGGCUUUGCGAGUUCUCCAGUCACUGUGAGGAACAGUCAGAGCUUUGAUUCCAAUCUACAUGGAGCAAGUAAUGGGAUUUCAAGGAUGCAGUCAUGUAUUCCAUCUCCUGGACAGCUUCAACACAGAGUUCACAGUGUGGGACAUUUUCCAGUGUCUGUCAGGCAGCCUCUCAAAGCUACUGCCUAUGUGAGCCCAACUGUACAAGGUAGUAGUAGUAUUCCAGUGUCCAACAAUCUACAGUUACAUUCUAAUACUGGGAUACCAAUGCCAAACAAGAUUGCCAGUCAAGGGAUUUUGGGGCGCAGUGCUCUUCCAAGACCCUCAUUGGCCAUCAAUGGGAGCGGCAUACCCAGAAGUAAAAUUGCACAGCCAGUUCGAAGUUUUCUUCAGCCUCCAAAGCCACUUUCAUCACUCAGCACGAUGCGGGAUGGGAACUGGAGAGAUGGCUGCUAUUGAUGAACAAUGGAAAAUAAGUAAUGCAGAUUUCAUUACCCAGCUGGCUGGGUAACAAUGUUUUGGGAAAGGAGCAUCAUGCAAUAUUAUAUCCCCUGGGAUUUUAAUAUGUAAAUAUCCAUAAUGCAGUGCUGUUUUUUAAAAACAAACAUCUUAUCAAAUACUAAAUAUUGCACUUAAUCAGUUUCUUGAACAGCUGCGUCAGACUAACGGUGGCAGAAUUAUCAUGUAGAACUGAAGAAAGUACUAUAUAUGUGCAAGGUACCAGAAUAUUUCCUUAGAAAGAACUUGGAGUUAAGGAUUUUGGGGUAGUUUUGCUAUACUGAAAUCCUAAGAUAAUUUAUUCAGUAUAAAGGCAUUGUGUAUUUUAUUUUGAAUUUUGGGGGGGACUUACAUACGUGCUUGAAUUUUUUUUAGUGUUUCCAGUAUAUUUUAUUUUGUAUACUUGAGUUCAUUUAAACUUGCCUGAACCUUGAACAACAGAGAGAUGAUUUAACUUUUCUGUGCCAUAAAUAAUAUUUUUGGGGUAAUGUACUUUUUUAGCACUAGGAACAUAUUUUACAAAAUUGUACCAUUGGCAAUACAAAGCAGUAUAUUUAUGUUGCGAAAGCACAAAAAAAGUAGCACUCACUGGAGACUGCCAUCCAGCAGGGUCAGCAUGGUUUUGUUGGUCUUUCACCAUUUGUUCAAUUGUUAAUUUAUUGUCAUAGUGUUUUGUAUUUAAGAUGGCAUCAUAAGUCACACUGCACUUACAAAGAUAUGGUGAUCUCUACAACUAUGUUUGGUUUUCAGUACUUUAUUACAAAGAAUAAAAUUGUAAUGUUUUAUUAACAGUUGCUUAUGUAAAAUGAGUUUUAAUGUGAAUAAAUCUUUUUGAUAGAUCUUUUACAAAAUCCAAUUGCACUAAUCAAUGCUUUCUUAUAAUGGCAUAUGACUUAACAUUUGAUUACAACUGUGUUUACUGCUGUUUUGGAAUGUUUGAGAAAUAAAGAAUCUAUUUCAGCAAUAA